AUGAAGUUAACCCAAAAGCCGACGCUUUCGGCCAUUGCUGCCAUUACGACUUUUAUCGGAUGCACGCAAGCCGUUGGCGAUUGCGACGGUGGUGGACCCUGGAAUUCAAACCCCGUUGGCUAUGACACUGGCGGAGAAUGGUGUGCUACUAAGUGGAAGGACGGUGCCGCCAUCAACGGUAUACAAGGUUGGGCAAACGGUGACAGCGUCAAUGCUGUUGAGUUCCAAUACACGAACGGAGUCGCUCCAGAAUUGUACGGCAAGAUGACUGGAGAAAAGAAGGACUGGCUUACGUGGGACACGACAGUAGACACGGUUGAGUCCAUAACCAUGUGGCCCAACGGCAGAUCCGAUGUGAGGCGAGUAGCUGCCAUUGAGAUCAAGAUCAGCAACAGGGACGCGUGGAGGGUUGGUACUGUCCCGCCCAACACUCAAGGCUACGACAGUCCUGUUGUCAAUGGCGCAGGCAUUAUCAUGGGCGCCUAUGGUAGACAAGGAGGCAGCAUUGACGCACUUGGCUUCCUAAUGAUGGAUUCUGCCAUCAAGAACCGGGAUGUCAAGGACUUCGCCCCCAACGGCGAUAGCAUCAACGGCGCCAACGAGGCGCUCAAAAACCAGAAACCUGAAUCCAUCGACUCAUAUACGCAGGAGAACUGGACUGGCGAAAACCAGACAUACCAGUACGAUAGGACAAUCAGCAAGACGAGGAGCUGGUCGACCACAAGGACCUCGUCCAAGACGUUUGGUGGCUCCGUCGGCGCCAGCAUUGAUUUUGGACUACCGGCGAUAGGCUUGGGUGGAAGUGUGGAUCUCUUGUUUUCGGUGAGCGGCAAGAUCCCCAAGGGCGAGGCCAUUUACUGCGAGGCAUUGGCUUUCAGCGGCAAAUACGACUUGGAUUAUGGCAGCACGAUUGAGCUCGAGCUUUCGAGCGGGCGAACUUGGUCUUAUCAUGAGGCAGGAACUGUGAAGGGUGUCGCGUGGUCCAAGAAUGAGAACAAGUGCAUCAGCUACAAAAAGGGAGAAGAUGGCGCUACGGUAUUGGAGGCAAAGCUCAAGGAGUGGAAGGAGAACCCUGAGAAAGAGCAGCAGGAUAAUGACGAACGUGAACAGAGGGCCGAAGAGGAUUCAGAAGAGCCUGAGCCCACGACAACCACUGAGGUUUCUGCCUCUGCGACCGCAAGUGCUACGCCGUCGAAGACAAGCAAAGCUACACCUACCAAGACAGAGGACUCUGAGCCGGCCGCGACAGAUGAGCCUGAAGAGGAGGAAGAGGAAGAGGAAGAGCCCACAGGCGAGGAAGAGGAUGAAGAGCCCGCAGAUGAGGAUGAAGAGCCCGCAGAUGAGGAUGAAGAGCCCGCAGAUGAGGAUGAAGAGCCCGCAGAUGAGGAUGAAGAGCCCGCAGAUGAGGAAGAUGAUGAAGAAGAGCCAAUUGAUGGAGAGGAUGAAGAGCCCGCAGAUGAGGAAGAGGAGCCAGUGGAUGAGGAGGAAGAAGAGGAACCUAUCGAUGAGGAAGAAGAAGAACCUGUCGAUGAAGAAGAAGAAGAAGAAUCUACCGAUAGCGAAGAUGAGGAAACCGUUGACGAGGAGGAAGAGCCCGUUGAUGAGGAAGAGGAGCCGAUUGAUGAGGAGGAAACCACAGAAGAGGAUGAGUCCACGGCGACUGCUGAGUCUUCAGCCACAGCUGAGGCCACAGCUGAGGCCACGCUCGAAGUCUCACUCGGUGAUCCUGAGCCCACUGCUACAGAAGAAGAACCUAUUUCAACCACCACACCCAAGGCCCGUCAAAGCGCCACCUCUCGCGCUCGUCCUAGCACCAGACGCAACGUGGAACGUGCCGAGAUUACUCCUGCCCCAGUGGCUUCUGUGGGUAAGCGCAGCAUGUGGUUUACUGCUUAA